CCUCCCUCCAAUCGCUGCCGCUUUAUGUGUUUUUUUUGCUAGAAGAGCAGGAAUUCCAGGGUGUGCUCCGUAGUUUAGCAACACAGCGGAAGUGUUACCCGUCGGGCGUGUGUGUGUGUGUGUGAGAGAGAGUGAGAGAGAGAGAGUUUAGCUGGGAUUCAGGUGGCACGAUGUGGGCUCGCUUGCUGGUUGGUGUCGGGGGUUCGGGGCUCGGGCUGCGGACUUCCAGGGACGGUUUUCUGCGGGUCGUUGGAGCUGGAUGUGCAGGGAAGAGACAGGCUUCAAGUGCAGAGGCUGACUUGAAGAAGACUCCGCUGUUUGACUUCCACAGGGAGCAGGGGGGAAAGAUGGUGGGGUUCGCAGGCUGGAGUAUGCCUGUCCAGUACAAAGACAGUCACAUCGCCUCACACAUGCACACCAGAGAGCACUGCUCCAUCUUCGAUGUCAGCCACAUGCUGCAGACCAAAGUCCACGGCAAAGACAGGGUGAAGUUCAUGGAGUCUCUAGUAGUCGCAGAUAUUGCAGAACUCAAGGACAACCAGGGUACAUUGUCCCUCUUCACCACUGAGGAAGGAGGGAUUAUUGAUGACCUCAUUGUGACAAAGACAGACCAGGGCUACCUCUACGUAGUCUCCAACGCUGGCUGCGCCGACAAGGACUCGGCUCAUAUGAAGGCCAGACUGGCAGAGUUCAAAGCUGCAGGUUUUGAUGUGGAUCUGGAGUUUCUUGAUGAAGCGCUGAUUGCUCUGCAAGGUCCAUCCAUGUCUCAGGUGCUCCAGGAGGGGCUGAAAGAGGACCUCAGUAAGCUGACAUUUAUGACCUCCACCUUGGCCACUGUGUUUGGUAUUCCUGGCUGCAGGGUCACUCGCUGUGGAUACACUGGAGAGGACGGUGUGGAGAUCUCCGUCCCUCAGUCCAGAGUGGUGGAGCUGACGGAGAAGCUGCUGGCUAACGGCGAGGUGAAGCUGGCCGGUCUGGGCGCCAGGGACAGUCUGCGGCUGGAGGCGGGGCUUUGUCUCUAUGGCAACGACAUAGAUGAGACCACCACGCCUGUGGAGGGCACCCUAGUCUGGACCAUAGGAAAGCGUCGGCGUCAGACCAAGGAUUUCCCCGGCGCUGACAUCAUUGUACCUCAGAUCAAAGCCAAGACAGCCAAGAAAAGAGUCGGUCUGGUGUCUACCGGCCCCCCUGUCAGACAACACACACCCAUACUCUGCCCUGAUGGGAAGGUCAUAGGUGAGGUGACCAGCGGCUGCCCCUCUCCCUGCCUAAAAAAGAACGUUGCCAUGGGUUACGUGGAUGCAGCAUUCGCUAAGCACGGAACAGCCAUCCAGGUCGAGGUCAGGAAAAAAGCAGUGCCUGCCACCGUCAGCAAAAUGCCCUUCGUCCCCACCAACUACUAUUUUGGAUAGGACACACACACACACACACACACACACACACACACACACACACACACACACACACACACACACACACACACACACACACACACACAUUCAUACAUACAUACAUACAUACACAGUACACUCACACUGGAUCAUUCCAGGACACCAUGGUCCCAUAUUCACCAAUACUGCCCCCUUCUGUUUACCUCCAACAAUGCAAUUCUUCAUUGGUGAAUCCUCUGAGAGAAAAGUAUCACCAAAAUGGUAACUAUUAUACAAUACAGUAUGUGUACUGGAAGUAAAUUACAAGCAGUAUUGUUGAGUCCAAGACUUUAUGUAUGACAAUAUGGGCCUUGAUGCUAUGGUAACAUGGUUCGUAGACCAAGUUCUGUCUUUUCUUUUUCUAAGUGGACAGCAGGUUAAAUGGAAUCUACUUACUGCACUUUGGGUAAGAACAGAAACCGUGAGGCUGUGUGGCUAUAUUAAACACAAGGAUUAAAUUAACUAUUUGUUAUAUUUUUGUAGUAAGUUUUGCUAAUUUGCUGACGUAAUUUACUCUGUCACUGCUGGACCAAAACAAAGAUGCCAAAUGGUUCGUUUGAUGUUAAAACACUAAAUGUCUGCAUUUUUUUUCAAGGUCUUUCAAAUACCACAGAACCACAUUUCUAAUCAUAUUAUUGUUGGUCAUAAACCGCUCGAUCAAUGGAGGUUAAACAGGGCCAACUAUAUAAUAAUAAUAAUAAUAAUAAUAAUAAUAAUAAUAAUAAUAAUAAUCUGUCUGAAAUAUGCUAAUUAACACAAAUGUGCCAGUGAAGUUGGUGGAAUUGCCAUUUAUGUGUUAAUUAGCAGAUUUUCCACUGAGUUUUUGUUUAGAGGGAUUUUGAGGGAGUUCCAGUUUGCUCUGUUGAUAUGGUCAAAACCCUGACCUCCACAUCAAAUAAAACCUGACCAGACUGUUUAUCAUAUGGCACUAUGAUGAGGCUGAAAGACAAAUUUACACUACAUGUGGUACAAUGAUCAUCUAACUUGAAAAUAUGUUAAUUGUCAUUAUGUUUGUUCUGUCUGGCAACUAAUGAAAUGUGAUUUCAUUGUCUUUGGACUUUCUGUGGAGCUCUGAAUGUAUUAUCUGGUGAAAAUAAUAACAUACUUAAUAUAGAAAUAAUACUAAUAAUUCAUAGGUUGUCGGUUAUCACUGUCUUGAAGGUGCACUUUUAGCAUCACUGUGGAUUUUAAUAUUUCACUGAAUUUGUAUGUAAACAUUUUGAAUAACAUUGUUUAUUUAAUUAGAAAAUAUCUUAUUUUUAUUAAAGACAAUUUCAUUUUCAUUUC